AUGUCUUUUGACCACGCAUUGGAGACCACAGAUGUUCUCAUCUGUGGCUGUGGACCAACCGGAGCUAUGCUCUCUGGCUACCUUGAUAGCAUGGCGGUCCAGAACAUAGUCCUGGAGAAAGAGGCCGACAUCACCACAGACCCGAGGGGAAUCGUUCUUGACGACGAUGGCAUUCGUUAUAUGCAGGGAUUGGGUCUGUAUGAGCAUAUUUAUACAGAUAUUGGCUCAUGUAUCGAGAAGGUUUUGUUCCUGCCGGGAGAGCAGCAAAGCUUGGGCACGAAACCUAUUUUCGGCUUCAACACCGCUUCCUCCGAAGGAUAUACGGGACAUGUCGGUGUCAUAAGUCACAAACAACCUGCUCUUGAAAAACAUCUUCGUUCCGUCAUCAAGGGGGCUCAGCACUCAUCUUUGAGAAGCAGAUGCACCCUGAAGUCGAUUGAAGAAAAUGAGGACUGGGUUUUCGCGAGCUAUGAAGACGCUGAAGGAAAUACUCGACGAAUCCGCGCUCGUUUCCUGGUUGGCGCGGACGGCAAGACGGGUUACGUGCGCAAGCAAUAUUUGGAACCACGGGGAAUUAAGAUGGAGUGGGCUGAACAGUGUCGCUAUGAAGAGACCUGGACUUCCCCCCUAUGGAAACUAGGUUAUUCGUCUGAGGAUGUGUACGACCAGUUCUUCCCAAAGGACUUUCGUUUCCUGUGUAAUCCUCGUCGACCGGCAGUCUGCGGCCGCUUCGGCCAGACCAAGGACCGCCUUUGGAGGUUUGAAUUCGUUGUUCAAGCCGGUGAAGAUCCGGAAGAAAUGUCGACGCCGCACAAAAUUCGGGACAUUGUCUUCCCCUACCUUCGUCAUUCAGGUGCUCGCUAUGGGCUAGACACUGGAGUAGAGUUUCCAACCGAUUGCAUCAAAGUCCUUCGCUCUCGUCCGUUCCGCUUCGCUGCACGAAAGUGCAACAAAUGGGCCAUGGGGCGAGUCAUCCUGUGCGGCGAUGCCGCUCACGUCUUUCCUCCCUUCGGUGGACAGGGAAUUGCUUCCGGCUUCCGCGAUGCGAUUGCUCUUGCCUGGCGACUUGCCAUUCUCACUCGGUCCCGCUCAACUCAACUAGACUACGAGCAGGUCCUCCGGGGGUGGUACUCUGAACGCAGCCAACAAUUCCAGAAGUCACUCAACUCCACUCUGCGAAAUGGACAGUUGGUGAGCAGCAGUAACCCAGUGCAGAAUUUUAUCCGGGACUGGGCAUUCCGCGUGAUGCAAUUGAUCCCGCCCAUCAAACAUCAACUAGAACUCGGACCUCGGAGUGAGGGCCCGGUCACCUACACCCACUCGGAUGGUAUGCCCUUCCUGCCCAACCUCCACGGUGGAAUCGCCUUUCCCCAAACAUACUGCACGGAACUCGUGAAGCUCGAUAAUCAGGUUCGCUUUACCGACGAUGUGAUCUUUUCCAAGGAAAAGACCAAGCUCUUCCAGCUUGUUGUUUUGCUUGACAAACCAAGCCAGGCGAUAGCGGCCAUUGAGGAGAUGGACGGUAUUGAUGAUCUUAGCGGUGGUCACUUAUCGACUAAAGAGGCCACCUUGCUGGUCCAGAAGAAGGACUGUCUCCCCAUUGAUGAGACCAAUGGGUUCAGCGGUCUUUUCCUGUUCCGAACUGCCACUGCAGAGGAGUUCGAGCAGUCUGACUUGUGCGUUGGACGCCCGGAACCGCAUGGCUACAAUGAAUCUCAAAUUUGGAACGUCGUGAAAAGAAAGCGAUUUGUGAUUGUGAGGCAUGAUCGUUUCGUCUAUGCUGCUUGCGAUACGCGGGCUGAAUUGAUGGAGGCCGCAAAAGGUCUGGAUAAUUCUCUGCCUAUGAACUGA